AUUUUUUUUUUUUUUUGCUGCCGCAUCUCAGGCCCAGAGUCUACAUUUUUUUGUUUUCUUACCGUAUUCGGUUUUCUUCUGGGAAAGUAAAAACUACGACGAAAGUCACCCCAGUUCUCACACCCUAAAGUUGUAUGGUGUACACCUAUGUUCUACAUUCGGCGCACACUAUCCUGCAGUACCGGUGUCCGAGAAUCAUCAACGCACUCUCCCUGUCCUGGUGAUACAUUGCAACGAUAAGCAUUUCUGAUGGUUCCCAACCCAUCAAUAAAAAAAAUGUCAGGCACGUCAAUUUUUUUACUUCCUUUUCUUAUGUAGUAUAUGAAGGAUUUUCAUUAUGUUUUUUUUUUUUGUUAGUCAAACAGGAAAAUCAGUUUUCUUUGUAGUUUACAUAUUUGAUUUUUAUCACACAUUGAACGUAGGUGCGUGAAUUGAUUGUUCUAUUUCUCCACUUGUGUGUUGGGACAUCUUUUACAGCGUUUUAAGAGUAUUACAACCUCUGCCAGCUUGCAGGACCAGCUGCAAGAAGAAAACCGACAUCGGAUUUUGUUUUCCUUUCGAAGCUUAACGCUUAAUAAGCGCAGGUAAGCUUUCGUGUGGCUAUGAUCAUCCAAGCUAGCUCAUUAGGAAUGUUUUGUUUAAAUCAAAUAGAUCCUGGGAUUCUUGCAAGAUCUCCGCCUUGUUCGCCUUUACGAUGCCGACCAAGGAAUAACGGUAUUCAAAUCAAGGAGCUUAGGGAACAUUCUAUCGGGGACUCGAGGUCGUUACCAUAUACGAAAUCAUAUGAAAACAUGCUUCGCUACAAUUUUACUUUAGUUUCCAGCUCGAUCCGCAACACUGUUACCUUCCGCAUUUUAGUUGCCUUCCAAUAUUUACUUAUUAAACUUACAUCUAAAAAGACUCAGCCCAACUAUCGAAACAUCGACACAUGGUAGCAGUUUACCUUAUUUUCCUGAAUUAUGUCCUUUCUAAGCUGUUUCCUUCACUCUAAAAUCUGGUCGUACACUGUUUCCAUUGCUUUCAAAAAAUUGGUUUGAGCGCAGUCCGUUCGUUACCAGUUCGUUUGGCCAGGUACCCCGGUGUACCCGAUGACAACUGAUUUCGGAGCUAUGCGUCUUGCGACACCACCGGAACGGCUGCUGGCGGAGAAAAUCCUUCCACGACCCUCUAGCGUCUCUAGCGGGCGCACCCGUCGAGUGUGUUAUAGCCCAUAGCCCCUAGAUGGGCCACAACUUUCAGGAAGUAAUCUGACUGCUCACGGUGGCACACACACGUACGGGUCGAUAGAUGCCAUGCGGCAGAAGUGGCGAUUCAGGUAACAAUCUGAUCCUUUGCACCUUUGCCCAGACAGAAAAGGUGUGCUAUGGCAUGUGAAAAGGAAAACAUCAAGCAACACGGAAGCUAAAACCCUACGGGCCCGACAAGGACACGGCGGAGUGGUAGAUAAGGACGAACGAUUUGCCGCCUAGACCAUUGAUUCCCGCCAAGGCUUCGGUUCGGAUUGCCCCACAUACGGCAAGGCUUUUGCACCCUGUUGUCAGUUUGCAAACAUACCUCGUGACGUCGAUGUCGCGUCUGUCCGGUACCAACGUCGGUACCAUACGCUCGUGAUCAAUGUGUAACCGGCAGCAUCCGUGUUGGUUGGCGUGUGCGAUAUACUUGUGCCGUUGGAUUUGGUGCAACAACAGUGGCCUCGAUCGAUGAGGAUCGAUGAAUGUUGACCGUCGUUCUUCGUGUAGAAAAUAAGCGAACUCAUUUCAAGUUUCCGAACCAAACCUCGGACGGGCACCGUCGUGGAAGGAAGUACGCAAGAGCGAUACACGAGAAAAAGGUCGAGAAACAAACCCGGAAGGAGAAAGAGAUUAAGCAAUAGAAGCAGGGAAGCUGUGGCACACUGGUGAAAGGUGACAACACCAUGCUGAAGUGGGUCGUCACACGCGCACCUCAGACCAUGUGCAAUGAGUGGCAAACGCAUCGAGACCACCAGUGGCGCUGGAACAUAGACACCCGGUGUCCUGAACAGAAGCCGGAGUUCGAAAACAACAACAACCUACCAUCGGUGAAAACCAAGAACUGCUACAACACCGUGCCCAGUUCACCACCACCACCACCGUACCGUACGCAUCUCGAAUCGAAAGGGCGCGAUUCGACAACGCUGCUGCUGACAGCAAAGAGCCCACCUUCGACUGUGCUUUCCAAUGCCAGUCUCAACAGUACGGCGUCUUCCUUUCGCUACUUCCUAGUGAACAAUCAUUCGUCGCCUCUACAAAUGCUGAACCACCCGAUCGGUGACUGUGUGUCACGCAGAAGCAGCAGCAGCAGCAGCAGCAGCCGAUCUCCUCGGCACGGAUCGGGUUACCGGAGAACCACCGCCCAUCGACGACAGCAGCGGCGCCGACUCUCCAGUCUGCAUAUACGCGAACCAUCCGAACUGGCAUCGCCCAGCUACCGGCAGGCUGAUGAUCCGGCGAACGAUCUAUCAAGCGACGUACUGCUGACACCGUUGGCCGAUCGACUCACCACGCUCAGCGGACCGGCACAGUGGCAAGAGGUUUGGGGCAUUUUUGCCACCGAAAAUGAGCACUACAAUGAGCGCGAAAUCAAAACGCCAGAGGCGGAAAGGAUGGCGCCGCCGUCGUUGAACCACGGUGACGCUCGCCAGCUAGUAAGGCGAAGAGCCGUCCGUCGAAGGAAAACCGCACGCUCGACUAGCACGAAAAACGUUUAACGUUACUAUCAACAGUAUAUGGUUUGGGUGAUGAUGAGAGAAACAAAUGUAUUAUAAUGCACUAAACUUAAUGGAUAAACUUUAAUGAAUAGUACUGUGUAGAACUAAUGCAAACGCGACACGAGCGUUUAUUUAUAUCUCUUCUUCCUUGGUACUACAACCUUGAAAGGGGUCUCGGCCUGCCAUUUCUGGCUUUCUGUGACUUGACUUUACCCAUAACAAAGUAGUCUAGAUGGGAUGGGAUUUGAACCCUAGGGUCCUGCCGUGUGAAGAUCGGUGCCGCUGUCACCGCGGCCACCGGACCGCCCCGCUGUAGUGAACACCAAAUAAAAAAAAUCGAGCUAAUCAAACGCCGUUUUGCUGUAA